CUUGUCACUUCUAAACUAAUAUUAGUGUACAGUAGUCUGAACACUGCAACUGAAUGUGGAGUUUAAUUGCAGAGCUCUGUGGUCCAGAAAUCCAAAAAUGAAAGGAACACUUAAGGUCUGCGCAUUGAGUCUAAACCCGACUGAACGCUGAGGUGAGUCUGGUUUGUCAAGUAAAGGAAAAAGACGCGCAUUAAUUUGAUUACACAAUUGGAAUAUCACGCUUGGUUCGUGUGGUCAGCAGGUUGCUCUUAUUGGAGGGUACUGCGUUACAUCACACUGAUUAAAUGACGCGAAGUCUUCCUGUUUCCUUUAUUUGAGUCUUUAAGUGCUCUUACAGCUGGAGGAGCGCGUGCAGAGCGCUGGACAGCGGCUGGCUCUUUAUUACCGCCUGUCACUCACUUUUUCUUUAUCCACACCGUCUCAUCCACUGGGAGAUUGUAUUUCGUAUUGUACUAUUUAUCAUCUCAUAAACCACAGAAGUCUUUCUGCAGUCAUCUGUGAGGUGACUCUGAUAAAGGUGUGAAAGUUCAGGCCAGGGGAAAUGGGUCAUUAGAAGCACCAGAAAUGCCAGACCAUGAUACAGAGUUGUAUCUGAAUCGACAGACAAAAAGAAGACGAGUGGACAUUGGAGUGAAGAGAAUUGUUAGCUCAUCUGCCUCAUCAACACAAACAGCUUCUGCCAUCAUCACUGUCACCCGUGCAGCCAAAUCCACUGUCAUCUUUGAUGCCAUGAACUCCCAUCAAAAUAAGAAGCAGGAUGUGCUUGAGGGCCAAGGGGCUCAGCUCGGUGAGGCCAAAUCAAAUGUUCUCCGCAACCUGCUUAAAAGGGGCAGCUCAUAUGAGGAAAACAUGAUGCCCUUUUCUGGUGCCACUGUCAUCACGAACCUACUGAAGAGCAAUAAGUCGAUGAGAGGAACAGGAGGCAGGGAGUCAGGGAUCCUCAGGAAAGCAGAACCUGAACUACUACAGGAGGACACUUGCAGCACCUCAUCCCAGGAAAGUGCUGAACAGUGUCUCUCACCAUCUGGAAAAAUCACACUAGACCACUUGGACUCUGAGCGGCUAAAUGAAGAGCACCUUCAAGCCAAGCGUGCUCGCGUUGAGAACAUUAUACGUGGAAUGAACCACUUACCGAAUGUGAUGGCAACUUCUAUUUCUAGUGGAAAGGAUUGUGAGCGGGAGUUAGAGGGAGAGACCAACAUUACUGCACAGUCCGUCAGCCCAAGAGAAAGCAAUCGAGAGAACAAGAGAAAACAAAAAUUACCUCAGCAGCAGCAGCAUAGCUUUCAGCAGAUGGUUUCCUCACAUAAACAGCAGAAGGUUGAGGAACGCAAGCAGCUGAAACUACAGCUGGAAGACAUGCAGAAACAGCUGAAACAGCUUCAAGAAAAGUUCUUCCAGAUCUAUGACAGCACAGAUUCAGAAGCAGAUGGAGGGAAUCUCUCAGAAGACAGUCUACGAUCUGGUGGGAUGUUAGGUGAUGGUGGCAUCAGUGAAUAUCUCAUUCAAAAUUCUGUGGCUGAUCGAUCUGAUAAUGAGAUAGCAGACUUAGACACAAGAUGCUUUCUGGAUGAAGCGAAGGCCUUGCACCGUGAACAAGUAUUGCUGGAUGGAGAGAUGGCCAAACAUGAAGGUUCUUUAAGGAGCAAAGGUUUGAUGUCUAUGAAUGAAGCAGGCAAACGUCUGGCAGAAAGCCUUAAGCAGGAGCUAAACUCUGCCAUGUCUCAAGUGGUAAAUGCCGUGGUGAAUGUUUUUUCAAAACCUCCACGGCCACCGUUACAAGUAUUCCCAUCACUCCCAGCAAAUGAGGACCACUUUGCUUUUAAUGGGGACAACCCAAACUUCCACACUGCUAAUCAUAGACUGCAGUGCUUUGGUGAUGUUAUGUUUCCCAGCCCACUUGACCCAUUUGUUGGGGUCCCUCUUCCUUGUGCCAAUGAUCAGACAGAGGCAAUACCACUGGUAGUUCGAAAGUCUGCACCCGAACACCACCAGUCCUCAGAUUCUGGAGCUCAGAAUGGCCACCUUCAUCCCUCCUUACACCCUUCUUCUCUUUCUGGAAAUACAGGCUUCAUCUCCCCAUCAUUCCGUCACCCAUUUUCACUUCCUCUUGUGGGUUACUCAUUUCAGAGCAAACUUGGUGCCUCAUCAACAGGAUAUUAUAGUAAAGACUCUCCUGGCUUAGCCGAUCUGUCAAGGGAGACCACCAGCUUACGAACAAAAAUGGCUUCCAGCCAGCAUCUGACACUCAACCAUUCUUGCUCACCAGUUCUCCCAGGAAGCACCGCUGAAGGGCUAUCACUCAUCAAAUCUGAAUCUGGGGACCUCCGGGACGUGUCAGACCUCUCUCCAUACUCAGGCUGUACAAUCCAGGAGGGACUGUCCCCAAAUCACCUGAAGAAGGCCAAACUGAUGUUCUUCUACUCCAGGUACCCAAGCUCCAGCAUGCUCAAGAUGUACUUCUCAGAUGUGAAGUUUAACAGGUGCAUCACAUCUCAGCUGAUAAAGUGGUUCAGUAACUUUAGAGAGUUCUACUACAUCCAGAUGGAGAAGUUUGCCAGACAGGCCAUAAACAACGGUGUGGCAGCAGUUGAUGAUAUCAGUGUGAGCCGAGAUUCAGAGAUCUACAAAGUGCUCAACAUGCACUACAAUAAGGCAAAUGAUUUUGAGGUCCCUGAACGUUUCCUGGAGGUAGCUCAGAUAACAUUGCGUGAGUUCUUCAGUGCUAUAGUGGCUGGUAGAGAUGUGGAUCCAUCAUGGAAGAAGGUCAUUUAUAAAGUUAUCUGCAAACUGGACUCUGAGGUUCCUGAGAUAUUUAAAUCGGCCAAUUGUCUUCAAGAACUCUUGCAAGAGUAAUGUGUUAAAAACUCAUUGAAUUAUUUUCAUUCCUUUUUAAAUGUAUAAUGAUAAUUUGAGAUGCAGGAUUUUACCAGUUUUUUUUCUGCCUUUUCACAAUUGAAUGUAUUACACGAAUUAGCAUGAUAUUUAUUGUUUUUAUUUUUUCAAUGGGUAACCUUUAGUCUAUCUCUCUACAGUCCAUGCAGGCUAUUGAUUGUGGAUCUCACAGUCCUGGGGCCUCGUUUUCAAAAUGUGCAUAUACACAGAUUUGAUUUUAAAGUGUGCAUACCCUAAAAAACACCAACAUUCAAAUUAAUAAAAACCGUCAGAGGAAAAGUGCUUAGUGCCACAUUAGGCUAUAAUCUGAUGUCUGCACUUUUCCUUGUGGUAGAGGCGAAGUACUGCAAGCAUUUGGAAAUCCAAGCAAUUCUUGUCGCUCGCAAUCUCAAGUAAAGCAUUUGGAUGAUGACUGGUGCUCUGUUAGAUCAGUUCUCAGUUCAGCCUUGUUCAGACUGUCAGCUCAAGUCCAGUUUUUGUGCAAAUCUGAUUGAAAUCCGAUCAUAUUUAGUCUGAGUGGCAAAAAAACUACAUUAUAUAAAAUUUUUGCGAAUUCAUUUCGAGAUUAGUUUGCAUGUUUAAAAUCCUAUUCAAAUCACAGUCCUGGAAAUCCAUUUUAGUCUGACAGGUUAGAUCAGAUUUAGUUUUUUCACAUUCUCAUGCCACGUAAAACAUGAAUACUUCAGAUGUUUUUGUACAAACAUCCCGAAUGUCUUUGCAGAAACUAGCUUGUGAUGUGAAGUACAAGUGAAAAAAGACAAUAUACUGAAUUUCUAGUAUACACAUCUCUUUGAAUUUUGAAACCAGCACAAAAAAAGACGCAAAUUCCAGCUUCCUGCAUUUCUGCUGCUACCUCAUAUGAUGAAAUAGGGACUUUAAGCAAAAUCAUUUUGAAAAGUUAUGAUAUGCACAUUGUGAACAGUCAGUCAUUUAUAUUUGAUUCCAUUCAGAUAUGCACAAAAAUCUAAUUUGGACUGACAGUCUGAACAUGGCAUCAGUCCUGGCAACCACCUGCUCUGCAUAUUUUGCAUGUUUCUCUCAUUUAACACACCUGAUUCAGAUAAAAAGCUAAUUAAGAGUGAGUUCCAUGAAUGAACUGUGUUCCGGUUGACAUGGGGUCUGCACAACUUUUAUUGCUCCCUACUCCCUGAGUACGGGAAAUUCAUUGAAGUUUACUUUACUGCGGAGCAUUCAUUCCCAGUUUUGCACUAUGCCACUGCCUGCAGCAUCUUCACACACAGACUAAAUUUCCGAGACCUGUGACAUAAUAUACCUCUGUAAAUACAAAUUAAAUUCAUAUCUCACACUCUUUAAUACCCUAUGAAUGGAAUAUAUUUGCUCUCUUCAAACUAGAAUCAUGGCGCAAUAUCCUGUAAAGUCCAUGUCACAGGGCACUUAUGGUCAAAUACUAUAAACGUCUGAUGUAAUAAGAGAUAUAAAUACAGAGCUGGGGGUCAUGAGGACUGGUGAUCAAAUGUAGGACAGUUUCUAUGCAACAUUUUAUAAAAGAGGCCCAGGAGUUUAAUUCUUUGUACCUCACUUAAUACAUCUGAAUUUAUUUGACCUGUGCCAGAUCUUCUUGUUAUAAUUUAUCUUUGGAUAAUUUGGUUAUUCAAAUUAAUUUGCAGAUUAAUAAAAUAUCUGGAUUAGGUUGUCUGAGAUUACGGUGCACCAUGUUUAUCGCAAAGUGCAAAUAUGUUUUGAUCGCAAAUAUGUCAAAAACCCUGCAAACAAAAACCCUUCAAAUGGCAAGGGUGACACCAGCAAAGAGAUAUAAAACAACUCUGCUCUGCUGAAAAUACUGGAUUGUGAUAAAUAAAGUAGCUUAAACAUUGACACUGACUAUAUACUAUAUACUAUACAUAAAAAAUUGCACUGUAAAAUAAGGGUAAAAUACCGGCAGCUGUGGUUGCCAGCAUUGUACUGUUCAUUUACAGCUCUUCAUUUUUACAGUAUGUUACUGUUAUUAUAUCACAUGGUAACUCUUUUCAUUUGGAAACCGAUUUCUUCAAACAAUUCAAGUUUUAAAAAAUCCUGUUUAUAUGGUGUUAGCAAAGUGAACUUAUUUAAUGUACGUCCACUAAGAAAUAUUUCUUACAAAAAAAAACAAAAAAAAAACACAAACACUUUUUAAAGUAUAAUAAUAAAGCAACCAAAACAUGACUUUUAGUCAAAUCUUUGUGGAUUGUCAUUAACUAGCAAUAACACAUAUUUAUAUAUUAAAAUGUUUACUUAAGAGAUCAUCACUGCAUUAGCAACUCCACAGUUACUGUCUUUGAAUAAAGCGGCUAAACAUUAGUGUUUGUGGCUCAUCAUUGACUGAAGCACAGGCUUUACUUUCCAGCACAAAGGUGACUUACAAAACUGUCUCAGUGUCUGGUCUGUGUAUCCCUGGGUGCCCACUAGUUGUCUCACUUCCCCAUAUAGUCACCCCACUGCAGGUACUACAUUUCCCACAAGCCUUUGUCCGAUUCAUCACUGUUAAUUGCACACCUGUUAAUUGCACUCAGCUAUUUUCAUACUUUUCACCAGUCCAUAUAUACCCUGUUUAUUUCUAUCAGUUUCAUGGAGUCCUUGGUUUAUGUCACCCUGCUUUUCGUGUUCCCUAGUGUUUGUCAUGUUUCUUGUUUUGGACUGCUUUUGUGGAUCUUGACCUCUUGCCUGUCUGGAUUACGAUUAUUUGGAUUCUCCUAAUAAAACACUGCAAAUUG